AUGCGUGAAUUGCCAGACAAAUCAGACAUGAAAUCGAGCCCGUAUACCACAAACACACAUACAACGCGUAUGUCACGGGGGGAGGGGAGCCGCUCCCUCCGAGAUCGAUGUGCUCGGGCGUGUGAAGGCCCUGCUGCUGCUGUUGAUGGGGGCAGCGCCGACGACGACGUCGACGCUCUCAAGAGACGAGCAUGCGUAGUGCGCUUCUGGGGAGCACUCCUCGCUAACAAUGCCCUCUCUUUAAUCGUUCUUUCUCGAGUUGAUGCAUGCGCCAAUCCAUCACCUCUGUUAUGCGCGAAGCAAGUGGGACAAGAAUUCUUGCAAAAUCUCAACACGAAAAAAAAAGCAAGUCUUAAGUAA